UCUUGAAACACACAGAUGUAAUCAUGAUACAGAUAUUUCUGAUUCACCAAAUCAGAUGGAUAUGGAACAUCCAGAGCCUACAACCAUGCAGCAGGAAUCUGAUAUUCUUGUCCAACAAAGUGACACCAUGGGUCCUCUGCCACUGGAUAUGCUGGCUCUAUCUGCAGAGAACAAGCAACUGAAAGAAGAUAUGGCCAAACUGAUCCUAGAAAAGGAGGAGCUCAUGCGUGCCCAGCAGAUCAACACCAAAAUUAGUGCUAAAAAUGUUAAGCAUGAUGUGUAUUCAUUUUGUAAAAAUAUAGAGAAAAAAGAUUACAAGUAUUACACAGGAUUUCCCUACGAACAGUUUCAGAAAAUAUUUAAAUUUGUUGUCCCUGGCAAUGCUGAUGAUGAACCUUUUCAAUUUACCAGAACAGUUAGCAGUUUGAAGUGUAUGGGUCUUGAAAACAGCUUUUGCUUGUUCUGA